CUCAGCUAGUGAGAUCAUGACCGUCAUCCAGUAAAAUCAUACAUUGAAUUAUCAGAGCACUAUGAUAGCUCUGGCUCUCACACGAGUGAACGGAUCGCGUCCCAUACUACCUUGAAAACAACAGUCUUCUACAGUCUUCCUGCUAUCAACCUGAUAUUGUUAGGUAUUCGCAGGUUUUUCUUUUGAUACAAGCCAUAUAUUUAUUUGGCCAUCACACAACGGUUUCUCGAGACGUGUGACUCCCAACCGAGCUCUUUUACUCUAGAAGAAUUGCAGUGGUCAAGGAUCCGCGCGACGUUCGGCUUUGCCUUGACGCUAACAAAUCAUACCUUGUAUUGCAACUUGGUUCAAGCAUUAUAUCAGGGAGAUAGAGCCUCACACUUGUCCCGAUCUCGCACGGUUGGCGCCAUCAUCCACAUAUAUGAUCACUUUGGUGAGGAGAGUGGGUAGAAAAUGGUCAUAGUAUCCCUCGAGAGAGACAGCAAUGGCAACAACCGAUUCCAUGGGUGCACUAGCAUACGUGAGUUUGAAUUUUUGGGUAAGCUUGGUGAGGGUACUUUUGGUGAGGUCUACAAAGCGAGAUCGAAAAAGGACAAUGCUGUCGUUGCUCUCAAAAAGAUACUCAUGCAUAAUGAGAGAGACGGGUUCCCCAUAACCGCACUUCGUGAAAUCAAACUUCUGAAGAUGCUAUCUCAUACUAAUAUCUUACAUCUUAAGGAAAUGGCAGUCGAACGGAGUAAAGGGGAAGGACGUAAAAAGCCAAGCAUGUACAUGGUAACACCAUAUAUGGAACACGAUCUCUCAGGCCUUCUGGAGAAUCCUGCUGUUCAGUUCACUGAAGCUCAAAUCAAGUGUUAUAUGCUUCAACUUCUUGAAGGCCUUAGAUAUUUACAUGAGAACCGUAUAUUACAUCGAGACAUGAAGGCUGCCAACCUACUUAUUAGCAAUAGAGGCAUACUUCAAAUUGCUGAUUUCGGAUUAGCCCGACCAUAUGAAGAGGCCCCUCCUCAGCCUGGGCGAGGCGGUGGAGAAGCACGAAGGGAUUAUACUACACUCGUUGUGACUCGAUGGUAUCGCCCCCCCGAACUGCUUCUUCAACUCCGGCGUUAUACGACAGCUAUCGACAUGUGGGGCGUUGGAUGCGUCUUUGGGGAAAUGUUCAAAGGAAAGCCGAUCCUUGCCGGGAAUAGCGAUCUCAACCAGGCGCAGAUGAUUUUCAGUCUUGUAGGCUCGCCUACAGAGGAGACUAUGCCAGGGUGGUCUUCACUACCAGGGUGUGAGGGAGUGAAGAAUUUUGGUAACAGACCGGGUAAUUUACGUGAAGUAUUCAAAGAGCAAAGCCCUAUAGCGAUAUCCUUGCUUAGUGAGCUUUUAAAGCUCGACUGGCGGAAACGGAUCAAUGCUAUCGAUGCUUUGAAACAUCCUUACUUUUCUAGCCCACCACUACCGGCACGACCUGGAGAGUUACCUUCUUUUGAAGACUCCCAUGAGCUUGAUAGGAGAAGAUUUCGCGGGCAAAAGGCACCCAUGCCACCGGCACCUGCAGGGGGUGCUGUAGGGAUUGGUGGCCCGAACGGAAGUUGGGCAGGUGGCUCAGGGAACAGAACAGGCGUCGAAGGUCGAAAUAGUCGUCUUCCAAGCGCAGCCCGUGGUACUUGGAACAACGGGGUUCAGGGAGUCCCUCCACAGCGCUCUUAUGACAAUCGUAACUGCGAAAUGCACGCAGCUCGAUCGAGGACAGGUGGGGAGGAUCUCAGUCAAGGAUCCUGGCAUAGAGGGGGGUUGCCACCUCGUCCGCCAACGUCAAAUCACCAGAUGUGGUCUUCCGGUAGCAUAGGUAGAUUGGGACGAGACAGAAGCCACCAGGCUCGCGGGCGGUCUGAAGGGAACCUAGACUCCUACAUUCCAAGCUAUGCUGGCGGAGGCGAACGUCCUUGGGAGAGAGACCACAAUCGGGGCUACAAUACGGAUCGGCGUGACAUCAACAAUAGUGACUCAGCCUACCAACCUGUGCGAAGAGACUUUUCGCGAGAAAAUCUGACAAGACGAAGGAGCCGUAGCCCCUGCUCUAGGGAAGGUGGUCGUGAUGCAGCUAGGACAGUCCAUCGCAGGUGAUUCGGUUUCACCCGUGCCACCACGACCCUGCAAUCGCUAAUUGUCGGAUACCUUGUCAUUGACUGAUCGCAUAAAUCACAACGCCAUUCAUUCUUUGGACUGGAAGCAUGUGGGCUUAGAAUUAGUAGCAGACAUAACAAAGUAUUUUGGCAUC